AUGAGUAAAGUCCAGCUCCACGACCACACCGCUUCGUACCAUGCCAUCACCACCAAGUCGCCCCAGGGCCUGCAGUGUCUCAAGAGGCUGUUCCUCGAAUACGACAACGCGAACCCAAGUCGCGCCAACCUCAACCGCCUGUUCUCCAGAGACUUUACCGACAAUGAGAACGAGUCGGAGCGGAACAUUGGCAGGGACGAGGCGAUCCAAACGAUCAUCUCCACGCGCGCAAAGUGCUCGCGGCAUCAGAUCGACUUGAAACGCGCAACGUGUCUGGUCAAUUCGGGAUCCAGCCAUACCGUCUUCUUUGAGGGCGUGAGGUUCAUGAUGUUCGCCGCUCCUCAGGAAAGUGGUAGCGAUGCAGAGCCGUCCGUGGUGGAAGACAAAAGUGAUUGGACCAGGGUCCCCUUUGCCGGCAGGAUCGAAGUGAGAGUCAAGGAGAAUAAGUUCUCGCUCAAGGAAGCCGUGGCCGAGAUUUAUCUUAAUAAAGAGGGACUUGAUGUCGAGGACGAACUCCAUGCCGCUCGUCAGUCCGGGCGAGUCCCCCCUCGCCAGGUUGCAUUCUACGAGUACCAGCCAAAUUGGUCUUCCGACGAACAUGUCCGAGUUGCCCGCAGCGAUUUCUGCGCCGACGGGUGA